AACCGUGCUCUGCACAACCGAACCUCGUACCAAUACUUUUAUACUGGAAACUUUAGCAACAUAUCUCCUCUCCCGUGGAUGAGUGCAUACCACAGCUCCGAGCUCCCAUUACUUUUUGGAACUCACUAUGAAUUCCGUGGCAAUUCUACGCCAUUCCAAUGGCAACUCAGCUACAUUUUUGAGGACCUUUGGCUCUCCUUUGCUAGGAACUCUAGCAAGGCACCCUUCGUUACAUACACGACCUCUGAUGGAAAACAGGAGACGUGGACCUGGCCAGCUGCUACGGCAGACCAGAGUUCCUCCAAGAUAGUUCAAUGGCCAUACGGUCAAGAGUAUAUGAAAGCAGUGGACAGUAUCACGAUAACUUCUGGGUGUCCGGCAUCAUAA